AUUGGAACAUUUGGUCCAUACACAUCAGCAUCAAGCAAGCCGACCUUCAUUCCACACUUAUUAGCAAGUGCAAUAGCCAGAUUAAUUAACUGCAAUUUACCACCACCAUGCAUGAGUCAUUAUGAGUCAGCACUGUUAUAAACUAAGCACUGAAAUAAACAUCGUUGCAUCAGAGUUCACUUCUAAUGCUUCAAUUGAUGUCAAAAUUAUGAUUUCUAGUUUCGCCAUCUAUCAUUGAUGCCAAUCAGCACCCUAGAUAAGCUACAUUUGAAGCUCUACAAUUUGGCUUUCUAAUCUCACAAGCACUAUCUACAAUGGCUGAUGUUUACAUUGGUGAUGCUGAGACAUUCGCAUUCCACUUAGAGAUCAACCAGCUUGUUAGCUUGAUCAUCAAUACCUUUUACAACAACAAAGAAAUAUUCCUAGGCCAACUUAUCAGCAAUUGCAAUGAUGCCUUGGACAAAAUUAGAGUCAAGAGCCUUACAGAUAAUAGCAAGCUUGAUGCUCAACCAGAGUUUUUCAUCAGGCUCGUCCCUGAUAAGACCAACAAUACCCUCUCCAUCAUUGAUAGCAGUAUCGGCAUGACCAAAGCAGGUAGUUACAAAAUUUAGAUUUCUUUCAAGUUAUAACUUAUAUCAUGCUGUUCUAUGUUUUACCAAGAAAAUCUUAUAUAAUUACAAAAGAUCAUUAGCUGUUAGUUGUGUUGUAAACUUUUGUAAUCUACUGUUGAAAUUUUCCAUUAACU